AUGGAUCCUUUGUCUCUGUCCCUUGGCCUUGCGAGCAUUCUGCCUCUAAUUGCCAGUGCGAUCACAACAUCAAAAGAGUACAUAGACAAUGUGAGAUCCGCGAGGAAGUCAAUCACGACAUUGGUAAUCGAGCUUGAAGCCCUGCAAUCCAACGUGGCAAAUCUGCACGAUCUCCUGAAGGACGAUUUGUUCAACCAUAGUGCUGUGCGAUUCCACGAAAGUUCGGUUCUCUUGACCUGCUCCGCUGCGUGCGAAGCGAAGCUGCGAUCGCUCGGCAAGACCCUGGCCCAAGAAGCAAAGGGGACGAGGAGUCGCCUUUUGUGGCCUUUCACUGAGAAGGAGUACCAGAAGACGAUACAGGAAUUACGUAAUUUCACCAACUGGAUGCAGUUUGCUUUGUCGGUCGAUGGCUGCCGGCUUUUAUCGCGGACGUCGGAUGACGUAUUGAAGUUGAUGGGACAGCAGCUAGAGCAGUUCAGGGCAGUCCAGACACUUGAAGUAGAUACGCUUCAAAUCCUCGACAUUGUCCAAGACCAGAAGCGCGCGAUCGAGGUCAAUAUCGAGCGGGAGACUAGAAGCAGCAUUCUGAACUGGAUAUCGACUUCAAAGUACUAUCAGAAGCACCAGCUCAUCCAAGCAUCAAGGGCACAAAAUACUGGGACUUGGAUUCUCGAAAGAGAUGAAUUUAUUCAGUGGCGAGACGAUAGCUCGCCGUCAAAUGUUCUUGUCUGUCAUGGCAUUCAAGGCUCGGGCAAAACAAACCUUGCCUCGAUCAUUAUCGAUGAACUUCUUAACUCUAGCUCCAGCGAGACUUCACCCGUUGCGUACUUCUACUUUGACCACCAGGACCAAUCUACCCAAAAUACGUCGGUAGUUCUAUGCUGUAUCCUUAGACAGCUUCUCGAGCAGUUACCGGCAAUCCCUAGUCCCGUGGCUGAGCUAUAUGAGAAGGGCGGCCACCAGGGCCGAAUUCCUCUCCACGAAUGCGAACGACUACUCACUGACCUUGGUUCGACCGUGAGGUGUGCAUAUCUAGUGUUUGAUGGACUCGACGAAUCGGAACAUCGAAGAACCUUCCUUCAGAGCAUUCAGAAUGUGGUUCGAAGAAGCCAAAUUCGAUUGCUGGUUACAAGUCGGCCUCAUAUCCAAGAUCUCAUAGAUCUAUUCCAGCAGCAUCUGAACCUCAGGAUCGAGGCUCACGAAGAAGAUCUCAAGAUGUACCUCUACCAGGAGCUCGAUCAAGGAGGAAUAUAUGACAUCGCAGAUCAAAGCUUUGUGAACAGACUGGUUUGGAAGCUGACGCAGAGGGCAGAGGGAAUGUUUCUUCUUCCAGUUCUACAGCUUCGCACCAUUCUCAAGGAGCCUACUAUCGGCGAGAUGGAGGACAGAAUAACAGACUUGUCCUACAGUCUCAGCGACGCCUUUGCGGAUACCAUUUCUCGCAUCCAACGGCUCCCCCAGAGCCGCAGCCGACUCGGAAUGGGUGCUCUUAUGUGGCUUUGCCACACAACCGGGGCAUUGACAGCAUUGGAAUUGAGCGAUGCUUUGGCUGUCCACAGUGUGCGAAAUGCGGUCAAUGUUAAGUAUCGCCCAGCUACAAAGAUCAUUCUCGAAUGUUGUCAAGGUCUUGCGACCGUAGACGUGGAGGGUUAUGUGCGGAUUGCACAUUACGCAAUCAGGGAGUAUUUAAGAGACCAUUCGAAAGAUCUCUUUCCAAGAGCCGAAUCCACGAUUGCGGUAACUUGCCUUCGUUACCUUGUGUUUGAGAACUUCCAUGAUGGGCCUUGGCCGACUGAGAGUGAAAUUAAGUCUAGGAUGGAAGUAUACCCUUUUCUCUCCUGGGCCGCCAGGUACUGGGGACAAUUCGCCCGGCGGACCGAAACCGAUGCGGAAGUUUGGUCUGCACUAUUCGCUUUUUUCUCCUCCCCCGCCGCCAUGGCCGUGGCGAACCAAGUGCGACAGUAUUCGAUGGAUCGUGUACCCAACUAUUGGGAUGUAGACGAAUGCAGCAGCUUUUCAGCGCUCCACCAUGCGUCGCGCCACGGCCUCGAGCGGGCGGUUAGUCGGCUCCUCGACAGCGGCGCAUACGAUGUCAACGAGUUGACGCGAAUGGGCGGUACGCCCGUGAUCCACGCUGCCGCGGGAGGACAUGUGCUGACGACCCGGGGUCUGCUGGAACACGGGGCUAAUCCACACUUGCGCAACUGGUACGGUGACGCGCUGCACUGCGCCAUGGAGUCGGACAAGGUGGCCACCGUGCGCGAACUGGUCCGCUGGGGGAUGGACCCCAACGCCGUCGGGAACGACAAGCGCACGUACCUCGCCUGCGCACUGGAAGGGGAUUCAGCCGGUGCGUUUGCGGCGCUGGUCGAGCUCGGCGCCGACAUUGGGUCGCAGAGUGCGAUGGGAGCCCACAGCCAUAUCUUCUUCACCGCGGCACUCUGGGGCUGCGACAAGAUAGUCGCACUGAUACUGGAGCGGGGAUGGGUCGAUAUUGAGAUGAGGAACCCUGGGGGCCUCACAGCAGUGCACUGUGCUGCUCUAGCUGCCAAUCCGACGACGGUGAGGACACUCCUUGAUGCAGGGGCCAAUAUCGAUGCGAUGGAUAACAAGGGUCGUACGGCUCUGGAUUAUGCGGAGACUGAGAGCAACAAGACUAUGGUAAGUCUGUUGCUAGACUUAGGGGCGAUUAGGGGCGACGCCUCCUCCGCAUCUAAGCCGAGCCCGGGAUUCUCAUAA